AUGCCAAGCAAAUACAAAAAGAAGCAGAAGGCCGCGAUGCGCCGCAUUGAAGAACGCGACACACCGCCGCCUCCUCCCAUCCCGCCGUCCGCGCACUCGGACGCCGAAGACGACGCCAGGGCGUGCAAAGACGGCGCUCCAGGCGAUACAAGCAAGGAUCCAACGGAGAGCCCUUUAACAUCACUCACCGAGAGUGGAUCCAACCGCGCGACUGCCGGAUCGGGAAGCGCCCCGACAGGGCCCCUGUCGGGCACCCGGACAGUCAUGGCAGAACUCGCCGAUGCAUUCCAGUCCACCUCGCUACGUGUCCAGGACCUUGAAGAACAAGCUCUCACAGCAAUCCACGCGCACGAACAAAGCGCAGUGAACCUGAAGUCCAUCUGUGAUCAACUCAGUAUGGCAAGGGAACAGCUCACCUUCAACGUAGAAGGCGCAAUCGCAUCUACCCCGAAGCAUGAGCAAUUGCUCCGGGAGCUUGCCACCCCAAGCCCGGUCAAUCUCGACCGCAUGAACGUGACAGCUGAAAGCGUAGUCAUGUAUCAAAGCAACCACGCCACGGAAGCUGAGGAACCGACAGCUGCCACAACAGUGCUGCCGGUCAUGGGACUGAGGGACACGGACAGCGAUGAUAAAGAAAUCGCCAAGACGAUCAAACUUGACCGGAGCCGUAGAAACCUGUUCCGACCGCGCGGCGAGUUAGAAAUGGACGAGAAAUAUGAAGAACGCACCGAGCACCAGAAACGAUGGGUCGCGUGCGAGGUCCUCGCAGUACGGUCGGCUGAGUGGGUCGCAACUGCGAUCCCAGACGCCACAUACGCGCCACCGCACUACGGAAACGUAGCAACUGGUGGUGGCGCACCGGAUCCUGGAUCAGACCCGUCGACGAUGAAUUCGUCAUACAACACGCCAACGGCAGGCUCAAACAAGACCAUACCACGAUCACGUCGUACCUCGGCAACCAACACAAACGAAUUCCCAACUGAGAGCUUGUACCAGGCUCUAUUGCACCACCCCAGGCCCAACUAUGGGACUGUCGUAGCGCAAGAUCAGGGCACGCAGCCAAUAGUAAUACAACCUGUGAAGCAAUCAGUCACCUAUGGCGGCCCCAAUACGCAAUAUGCGAACGUACCACCUAUCAUGACACCCACGGUGGAGCAAACCUACAGGAACGUACCGGUAGCACACGCGUCCGGCACGUGCCGUAGCGCGCCCCCGCCACGAGCAGCAAACACACUCAGGCCACCAACGAUGUACCACUCAGCAGUGAGGGACACGCGCGGAACAAACACAGUGCCAGCACGACAGCCGCCGGCAAGUAUUCGAAGUGAGAGCGCCCCAUACGCACGGGAUGCGCUAUACUACGAGGACGACGAAGAUGAUCCGUUCAGUUACCCGGGAGACGAGAAAGAUGCGAACACCCGAUACCUCACCGAGCAGAUCCUGUAUAUUCAGGAUCUAGUUGGCGAAGCGUUGAGGGUGCCACCACCUGAUGCACCGGGGAUGAAGAACUGGAAAGGCAUUUCAGUGACAGUCAAAUACGGAGGACAAGAUGAUGCGAAGCUGUUCGUACGUUUCGUGAAAGAUCUGCUCCGUGUCUUGUUCCUGAACAGAACGCUCGACGAAAGCGCGGCCGAGUACCAUGUACCGCUACUUGGUCAAUACCUUGAGGAGGAUGCACGCGACUGGUUCGACCGGACGAUCAAUGACAUCCGGGCGACUAACUACGGCUGUACGCUGGAACAAGCACUGUGUCUGAUGUUCAAGAGAUUUGUACACCGAUCACCAGCCAUCCAGGCCGUAGCUGAGUUCGACCGACUGCGUUACGACCGAAGGAGGGGAGUGGAAGCAAUGUACGAAGAAAUGAUGCAACUCUCCCACGAGAUGCCGUGCCUUCCGGACAAAUACACGUUCAGUCACAAAUUGAUGAACAAGCUGCCAAGGGAGAUGUCUGACGCGCUCGUGCGUCACUACAACGUUCACGUCGGGGUAUCAAGCCUGGCCGAGAUCAAGCGCGCCGCCGUGCAGGAAGAAAACAAGAUGAUCGCGAUUUCGGAGCACCAGCGCGAGCGCUGGCCACGCGAGAACGCGCGCGACGACGCCAGGGCUCGGGGACACACCACCCCCCAAUACGGACGAUACCAGGGUUACAAGGAGGCCCACGCGACGCGCCGCGCGAGCAUUGAGCACAACCGCGGCACAAACCCUACCACCGCGAUGAUGCACCCGAGAAAUCACGGGACAAGCCCUGGGAAGGGGACCGCAUCAGGCCAGGUGGAUACCGGCGGGAGGACCAACCCUGUGAACAGUGCGGGAACACACAAGCCCGACUACGGCGUCAACCGUAACCGCGACGAGCAGAAGCCUGCAUAUGGCACGAAGCUAGAUGGUGCCCGUUCCGGGAACUGCCAUACGUGUGGAAAACCGGGGCACUGGAGCAAGGACUGCCCCCAGAAGUCGCGCCCUAGAUUGCAGGCAGCGCGCGUGGGCGACGAGGACCAGGCUGAUGAGGAUCCGCAGGAUCGCAACAACCAGGGAGCCAGAUCGUGUAGCCCGUCCCCAGCUGUGCAUGGAUACCAAGAUGACUAUGAUGCGCAGGACACUGAUAACGAGUCGAACCAUAGCUCGUUCGUACGCGUGCCGAGCGAGGGGUCAGGAAGCGAUGACGCCCCCUGGUCCCCCGAGGACGAAUACGCCGAGGCGGAACAAUGGGGAGGAAGUCAGUAUGACAGUGAGCGUAGCGACGACUCGUCACCGCGGUUCGCUGGCAUGCGACUAUACUCCCUGAGGGAUACGGCAGAGGGCCCCAAAGAAGAACACGAGACUCCUCGACCUGAGGAAGACGCACCUCGCGUGUUCGGCCGCGUCGACUAUGCGGACGAUGUAAUAUGGCACACAUCGGCUGGAAUAGUGGCACAGCGCCGCCGCAUAGACGGAACCAACAUGCCGCCCACGUUCACGGAGGCGCGGGCUGCGAACACGGCUACACCUGGCGAGAGUGAGGACGAGGCCAUGUCAGAAGAUAGUGAAGGACCACCACCACUCGAAGACCUGCCCACGAGAGACAAUGUCGGGAUGACUGUCAUAUCGGAGCCAUCACCUAUGCCACUGCAAGUCAAUUUCCAACUGCCAGAUGGAGCGUACGCACCAGAACAUUACAGCGCGUGA